GAACCCGUCUUUCGGAAGGGACGUAAAAUGAUUUGCGUUUGAAGAGGCUAAUAAAUACAGGGCAUUGGAGCAUAGGAUCCCUUUGUUCACCGACUAACUGUGCUUAAACUACAUCGCCAUGAAAAUUGUUCUUCUUCUUGCCUUUGUGGCAGCCGCCAGCGCGGCGUGGCUGUGCCCUAACGGUGACUCCGACUGUGAUCCCGGCCAAUGCUGUGUCAGGUCCCUCUUCGUCAACUCCUGCCAGUUCUUGGGGCGCUUGUACGACAACUGUAACAACGACGCCCUCGCCGUCACCGGAUACUGCCCCUGUGAGGACGGCUUGGUCUGUGUAGACUACGGCACCAGCUCCUUCUCAGACUUCUUCAGCGGGGACGGCUGGUGUGUCACCGCGCCCACCGCUUAAUACGACGCAUAACUGACCAA